GUGUCUUCAAGGAGCGCCCAUCAGAAAAGAAGCACGGAAGGUUCGGCGGUUUUCCGCGCCGUCCAGCUCAUGAUGUUGACCAGUGAGAUCGCCGGCUGUCCUUUCGUGCGCAGGACGAAAAGCUUACCUUGGGCAAUAAGCCUGCUUCGACUCGUCUACUUCCUCGCCUGCGCGACUUUAUUCUCCUGCCUCCUGUUGACUUACAUCAUCAUCCGUGUCUGGUUCGACAAGCCGGCCGACCAGAUUACCAUAGUCACCCAAGCGGGCAAUUACAUGGUCGUCUACUGCCAGGCAGUCGUCAGCUUCCUCAACAUGCUCCUCAGGCGCGAUCUGCUGGCCGACAUCGUCCUCUCGGCAGCCAAGCUUGAACCGAAGCUCGAAUUGGACGCCAAGGCCUCUGGCCGCCGCCUUUGGAAGAUCUCGCUGCUCUGCCUUCUCUUCGCGCUGGCCGACGGGCUCAAGCUGUUCGCGGGCCACAGCGGCCACAUAUCGGUGGCGUCCUUCCUCCUCGAAGGCCACAGCGAGCACCUGGUGCGGCUCUUCUGGCCCACGUACAUCGCCAGCUGCUUCCUCCUCUCCGUGUGGUACAACAUGUUCUUCUGGCAGAUCGUGUGCUUCUCCAGCCUGUUUCGCGAGUACCUGGCCGCGCUGGCAUGCCGGCUCGAAGACAGUGCGAAGCGCGUUGAUGACGAAAAGUGCCUGGCCGCCGAGAACGUGCGGGUGAACCUGGUCGAGCUGCAGAGGCUGUUGCGCAAGGUCGACGCGUUCGUCGGAGCGCAGGCGCUGUGCUACUACGCCGGCAGCGUGUUCUUCCUGUGUGGCAUGCUGUACAGGCUGGCCGUCUCCAGUCGCACGCUGGAAGAGAAGGCGUCCCGCUGGGGCUACACGGCAGCCAUGGGAAUGGGCGUCGUUCUAUCCACUGCUGCGGUAGGCAGCAUCAACAGCCAGGUGUCAAGAAUCGAGAGCAUCAUUCAAGCCACUAAGUUUGAGAAACUGUUGGAUGCAGCCACACACAGGCUGCACAUAUUGCUAUUAACUCUGGAAGAGCUGCAAGACAGCCUGACAGGCUGCGGAAUGUUCGUCAUCAACCUCCCACUGAUCGUGACCAUUGCUGGUGCAGCUGUCACGUACACCGUCGUGCUGGUUCAGACUAAUGAGAGCAUGGGAAACACUUGCCUAAAAUUGUAAUCUGCGCUGCUGCAUAGAGGAAGCAGUCACAACCAUGGUCACAACUGGAAAUACUACAUAAACAUGGGCGGCACCAAGUGACAAUUCACUAUUUCAUUCAAAACAAAGGCCCAUGACAGAAUAAGCAAUGAAUCGAGGUCCACUAAUACAUCAACAAUGAAUUGAUUGCCAUUCAAAAAUCUAAUAAAGCUCACCACACUAAGUGCACACAAAAAGAAAUUGCCCUUCCAAUGCAACGAUAUCGGACUACUUGCACAAUAUUAGUGUCAUUGCACAUGCUUACUGUGCAUAUAUGUCAUUGCACACAUUGUAAAUGCAUACAGUAAAGAUUGCAAUUACCUGCAAUUACGUGCACCUAUUCUUCAGUGAUCCCAAUCAAGUGGUGCUCAUCAGGAUCACAAUGCCGUGAACCGAUACGAAAGUGAUGAAAUAAAGUGAAAUAGAACCUGGCAUUAUGCCAGUCAGGGCUGUAACUAGAGGGGGUUAACUUUUUGGCUGUUACUAAAACACACACCAGUUGCGAAUGCUUUUAAAACUAAUUUAAAACAACUAGUUUAAAAGAGUUCACUAAAUUAGUAUACGUAAGUGCUGUGCUUUAUCCAUACACAAAAAUAAGCCACUAUAAAUCUUUCAACGUGGCAAACAUUCUACAUGAAACCCCCCCUUCUAAAUAAAUCCGUGGGAACGGCCUUGAUGC